AUGGCGUCUGUGAGUGGGGGCGGGGGCUCCCAUGAGUCUGUGAGUGGGGGCGGGGGCUCCCAUGAGUCUGUGAGUGGGGGCGGGGGCUCCCAUGAGUCUGAGAGUGGGGGCGGGGGCUCCCAUGAGUCUGUGAGUGGGGGCGGGGGCUCCCAUGAGUCUGUGAGUGGGGGCGGGGGCUCCCAUGAGUCUGUGAGUGGGGGCGGGGGCUCCCAUGAGUCUGUGAGUGGGGGCGGGGGCUCUCAUGAGUCUGUGAGUGGGGGCGGGGGCUCCCAUGAGUCUGUGAGUGGGGGCGGGGGCUCCCAUGAGUCUGUGAGUGGGGGCGGGGGCUCCCAUGAGUCUGUGAGUGGGGGCGGGGGCUCCCAUGAGUCUGUGAGUGGGGGCGGGGGCUCCCAUGAGUCUGUGAGUGGGGGCGGGGGCUCCCAUGAGUCUGUGAGUGGGGGCGGGGUCUCCCAUGAGUCUGUGAGUGGGGGCGGGGGCUCCCAUGAGUCUGUGAGUGGGGGCGGGGGCUCCCAUGAGUCUGUGAGUGGGGGCGGGGGCUCCCAUGAGUCUGUGAGUGGGGGCGGGGGCUCCCAUGAGUCUGUGAGUGGGGGCGGGGGCUCCCAUGAGUCUGUGAGUGGGGGCGGGGGCUCCCAUGAGUCUGUGAGUGGGGGCGGGGGCUCCCAUGAGUCUGUGAGUGGGGGCGGGGGCUCCCAUGAGCCUGUGAGUGGGGGCGGGGGCUCCCAUGAGUCUGUGAGUGGGGGCGGGGGCUCCCAUGAGUCUAGUGACUACCGUGCUUUGGAGAGUGACUACCGUGCUCUGAAGAGUGACUACCGUGCUCUGGUGUGUGACUACCGUGCUCUGGAGAGUGACUACCAUGCUCUGGAGAGUGACUACCGUGCUCUAGAGAGUGACUACCAUGCUCUGGAGAGUGACUACUGUGCUCUGGAGCGUGACUACCAUGCUAUGGAGCGUGACUACCAUGCUAAGGAGCGUGACUACCAUGCUAUGGAGCGUGACUGCCAAACCGUCACCGAAUUUUUCAUCCUGUCUCUCCGGUCUCUUUAA